AUGGCGCCGGACCGGGUUUCGGGUUCCGAUUCGGAAGAAGAAGAGGUUGAUGGAUUGGAUGCGAUUGAUCCUAGGGUUAGGUUGAUGUUUUUUUCAACUUGCCAAGGGUUUUGUGAUGUUGCCGAAUUGUUGUUGGAAGGAGGUGCAGAAGUUGAUGUCAAAGAUCGAUGGGGUAGCACUCCUCUUGCAGAUUCAAUCCAUUACAAGAACCAUGACAUGGUCAAACUUUUGGAGAAACAUGGUGCCAAACCUCUCAUGGCUCCAAUGCAUGUCAAAAAUGCUCGUGAAGUUCCAGAAUAUGAAAUUAAUGCUAAAGAACUUGAUUUUACAGACAGUGUCAACAUUACUAAGGGUACAUUCACCAUAGCUUCAUGGCGUGGAACUAAAGUUGCAGUAAAAAAACUUGGAGAUGAACUUUUUACUGAUAAGGAGAAAGUGAGGGCUUUUAGGGAUGAGCUUGAAUUACUUCAAAAGAUACGACAUCCAAAUGUGGUUCAGUUUUUGGGCGCUGUAACUCAAAGUAGUCCAAUGAUGAUCAUAACCGAAUAUUUACCAAAGGGUGAUCUUCGUCUAUUUUUGAAGAGAAAAGAAGCACUAAAGCCAUCAACGGCUUUGAAAUUUGCCAUGGAUAUUGCAAGGGGGAUGAACUAUUUGCAUGAAAAUAAACCGGAACCGAUUAUUCACAGGGAUCUAGAGCCUUCGAAUAUUUUGCGGGCUGAUUCUGGACAUCUAAAAGUUGCAGACUUUGGAAUCAGUGAGCUGUUCAAAGUCACAGAUAAUGUCAAACAAGAAAAGCUCAUGACAUAUAAUGACACUACCUGGAGAUAUGUUGCUCCAGAGGUCUUUAGAAAUGAAGACUAUGAUACCAAAGUCGAUGUUUUCUCAUUUGCUUUAAUUUUACAAGAGAUGAUUGAAGGCUGCCAACCAUUUUUCACGAUGGAUGAAAAUGAUGUUCCAAAAGCAUAUGUUGCAAAUGAACGCCCUCCAUUUAAUGCUCCAUCAAAAAGUUAUGCCCAUGGGCUUAAAGAGUUGAUUGAAGAAUGUUGGCAUGAGAAUCCUAAUGAGAGACCAACAUUUAGGAACAUUAUUCCUCGAUUGGAAUCAAUUUUUUAUUCUAUAAAUCGUAGGAGGCGUUGGAAGGUUCGACCAUUGAAGUGGUUUCAGAAAAUGGAGACAAUGUGGAAGAAAGAAGAUUCUGAAAGAAGUAGUCGUGAUCGAUCAUCUCACAUUUAAAAUGGUCAACAUGCUAUAAAAUGGUCAACAUUUAUGGAAGACAAAGAAGGGUGUAUGAUUACUUAAAACUAUUGAGCUAUGUGUAGAUUGAUCUUUUGUUGUUUAUAGUUUCAUCAUUCAUGUCUAAUUUGUUGCAAAAAUAGAUGUGUGUAUAUUGCUCAAAGAUGUAAUAGACCGAGCAUGAGUAUUGUUGUGGUUGAAGGUUAAACAAUUAAACAUGCAUUCAAACCAUUAUGAUCUAGAAAUCUUUGAAAUUCUUCCGGA